AUGGAAACUACGAAUAACACACACUGCCGUAUGAAAACUACGAAUGGCACACACUGCCGUAUGAAAACUACGAAUAACACGCACUGCCGUAUGGAAACUACGAAUAACACACACUGCCGUAUGAAAACUACGAAUAACACGCACUGCCGUAUGGAAACUACGAAUAGCACACACUGCCGUAUGGAAACUACGAAUAGCACACACUGCCGUAUGGAAACUACGAAUGGCACACACUGCCGUAUGGAAACUACGAAUAGCACACACUGCCGUAUGGAAACUACGAAUAGCACACACUGCCGUAUGGAAACUACGAAUAACACGCACUGCCGUAUGGAAACUACGAAUAGCACACACUGCCGUAUGAAAACUACGAAUAGCACACACUGCCGUAUGGAAACUACGAAUGGCACACACUACCGUAUGGAAACUACGAAUGGCACACACUACCGUAUGGAAACUAAGAAUGGCAAACACUGCCGUAUGGAAACUACGAAUAACACGCACUGCCGUAUGGAAACUACGAAUGGCACACACUGCCGUAUGGAAACUACGAAUGGCACACACUACCGUAUGGAAACUACGAAUGGCACACACUACCGUAUGGAAACUACGAAUGGCACACACUGCCGUAUGGAAACUACGAAUAACACGCACUGCCGUAUGGAAACUACGAAUAGCACACACUGCCGUAUGGAAACUACAAAUAGCACACACUGCCGUAUGGAAACUACGAAUGGCACACACUGCUGUAUGGAAACUACGAAUGGCACACACUGCCGUAUGGAAACUACGAAUGGCACACACUACCGUAUGGAAACUACGAAUGGCACACACUACCGUAUGGAAACUACGAAUGGCACACACUGCCGUAUGGAAACUACGAAUAACACGCACUGCCGUAUGGAAACUACGAAUAGCACACACUGCCGUAUGGAAACUACAAAUAGCACACACUGCCGUAUGGAAACUACGAAUGGCACACACUGCCGUAUGGAAACUACGAAUGGCACACACUGCCGUAUGGAAACUAAGAAUGGCACACACUGCCGUAUGGAAACUAAGAAUGGCACACACUGCCGUAUGGAAACUACGAAUGGCACACACUGCCGUAUGGAAACUACGAAUGGCACACACUGCCGUAUGGAAACUACGAAUAGCACACACUGCCGUAUGAAAACUACGAAUGGCACACACUGCCGUAUGAAAACUACGAAUAGAUCACACUGCCUUAUGAAAAUUACAAAUAGCACACACUGCUGUAUGGAAACUACGAAUAACACACACUGCUGUAUGGAAACUACGAAUAGCACACACUGCCGUAUGGAAACUACGAAUAGCACACACUGCCGUAUGAAAACUACGAAUGGCACGCACUGCCGUAUGAAAACUACGAAUAGAUCACAGUGCCUUAUGAAAAUUACAAAUAGCACACACUGCCUUAUGGAAACUACGAAUAGCACACACUGCUAUUUGGAAACUACGAAUAACACACACUGCCGUAUGGAAACUACGAAUAGCACACACUGCCGUAUGAAAACUACGAAUGGCACACACUGCCGUAUGGAAACUACGAAUAGCACACACUGCCGUAUGGAAACUACGAAUAGCACACACUGCCGUAUGGAAACUACGAAUAGCACACACUGCCGUAUGGAAACUACGCAUGGCACACACUACUAUUUGGAAACUACGAAUAACACACACUGCCGUGUGGAAACUACGAAUAGCACACACUGCCGUAUGGAAACUACGAAUAGCACACACUGCCGUAUGGAAACUACGAAUAGCACACACUGCCGUAUGGAAACUACGAAUAGCACACACUGCCGUAUGGAAACUACGAAUAGCACACACUGCCGUAUGAAAACUACGAAUAACACACACUGCCGUAUGAAAACUACGAAUAGCACACACUGCCUUAUGAAAACUACGAAUAACACGCACUGCCGUAUGAAAACUACGAAUAGCACACACUGCCGUAUGAAAACUACGAAUGGCACACACUGCCGUAUGAAAACUACGAAUAGCACACACUGCCGUAUGAAAACUACGAAUAGAUCACACUGCCUUAUGGAAACUACGAAUAGCACACACUGCCGUAUGGAAACUACGAAUAGCACACACUGCCGUAUGGAAACUAAGAAUAGCACACACUGCCGUAUGGAAACUACGAAUAACACACACUGCCGUAUGGAAACUACGAAUAGCACACACUGCUGUAUGGAAACUACGAAUAGCACACACUGCUGUAUGGAAACUACGAAUAGCACACACUGCCGUAUGGAAACUACGAAUAGCACACACUGCCGUAUGGAAACUACGAAUAGCACACACUGCCGUAUGGAAACUACGAAUAGCACACACUGCCGUAUGGAAACUACGAAUAGCACACACUGCUGUAUGGAAACUACGAAUAGCACACACUGCCGUAUGAAAACUACGAAUGGCACACACUGCCGUAUGAAAACUACGAAUGGCACACACUGCCGUAUGGAAACUACGAAUGGCACACACUGCCGUAUGAAAACUACGAAUGGCACACACUGCCGUAUGAAAACUACGAAUGGCACACACUGCCGUAUGAAAACUACGAAUGGCACACACUGCCGUAUGAAAACUACGAAUAGAUCACACUGCCGUAUGAAAACAACGAAUAGAUCACACUGCCUUAUGAAAAUUACAAAUAGCACACACUGCUGUAUGGAAACUACGAAUAGCACACACUGCCGUAUGGAAACUACGAAUAGCACACACUGCCGUAUGGAAACUACGAAUGGCACACACUGCCGUAUGGAAACUACGAAUAGCACACACUGCCUUAUGGAAACUACGAAUAGCACACACUGCCUUAUGGAAACUACGAAUAGCACACACUGCCGUAUGGAAACUACGAAUAACACACACUGCCGUAUGAAAACUACGAAUGGCACGCACUGCCGUAUGGAAACUACGAAUGGCACAAACUGCCGUAUGAAAACAACGAAUGACACACACUGCCGUAUGAAAACUACGAAUGGCACACACUGCUGUAUGGAAACUACGAAUAGAUCACACUGCCGUAUGAAAACUACGAAUGGCACACACUGCCGUAUGGAAACUACGAAUAGAUCACACUGCCGUAUGAAAACUACGAAUGGCACACACUGCCGUAUGGAAACUACGAAUAGAUCACACUGCCGUAUGAAAACUACGAAUAGAUCACACUGCCUUAUGAAAACUACGAAUAGAUCACACUGCCGUAUGAAAACUACGAAUAGAUCACACUGCCUUAUGAAAACUACGAAUAGCACACACUGCCGUAUGAAAACUACGAAUAGAUCACACUGCCUUAUGAAAAUUACGAAUAAAUGA